UUGUGCAGCAGAUGUCUUAUACUCACCUCACCAGCCCUCAGUCGACCCUCCGCUGCUGUGUGUGACUUUUGGCGGACAGAAGACAGACGCGGAGAGAGCAUGAGGCAGCUGGUGGCGACGCUGCUGGUGGUGGCGGCGGCGGGACUGGGCAGCGGGGAGGUCACUUACGAGGAUAUAGAGGGAGGCUUCACCAUCAGUUUCCAGAAUGAAGUGAUCUUCCGCCACACCACUGACGAUCCCAUCUUCCACAUCGGAACGGGAACCGCCAACUUCACUGAGCACCAAGGCAACUUCGACAUCCAGGAGGAGGUGCUGAGCAAGCUUCCUCUCCACGACUUCGGGAACGUGUCCGCGGGAGUUGACGGUGUUAGCUUGAUCUUCACCACCGCCGAGGACCCCGAGCUGCAGGUUGAACUUACCGUGAGCCAAGCGUCAAACAAUACGGUCGACAUCUCCACCGUCACCAACUCGCCCGCCUACAACCGCUUUUGGGCGAGGCUGUGGACCGAGAAGGUGGAGCAGGUGUGGGGCGCGGGGGAGCAGUACACCUACCUGAACCUCCGCGGCAGGGAGUACCCCAUCUGGACCAGGGAACAGGGCGUAGGGCGUGACGGCGGCAUAAUUGCUAACGUGAGUGACAUCGACGGUGCCGGAGGAGAUUACCACACCACCUACUAUCCCCAGGCGUCCUUCCUCUCCUCCAGGCGAUACUCCCUGCUCAUCCAUGACCCGCGGUACUUGGUGCUCAACUUCACGGAGGUGGCGUAUCACGAGGUGUUCCUGCACAGCAACGAGUUCCACGCCUCGCUGCUGCGGGAGGCGACGCUGAUGGCCACAGUGGAGGCAGUCACCACCACCCUCGGGAAGCAGCCGCUACUCCCGGACUGGAUCAUGCGCGGCGCCAUUCUGGGCGUGCAGCGCGGCACUGCUGAGAUGCUGUUCCGGUACCACGAGGCGAGAGAAGCGGGGGUGGACGUCAGCGGCCUCUGGAUCCAGGACUGGUCAGGCUCCAUCCAGACGCUCUUUGGACAUAGAGUGUACUGGAACUGGCGCUGGAACGAGACUUACUACCCAGACUUGGACUUGGCCAUCGCGAAUCUGAAACAGGAAGGCACCCGCGUCCUCGCCUAUGCCAACCCGCACCUGAUUGAGGGCAGCACCAUGUUUGAGGAGGCCGCCGCGCAUGGCUACCUCAUGACGGACGACGAAGGGAAUGCCUUCAGGCAGGACUUUGGCGGGUUUCUGGCGGGGACAGUGGAUCUUCUGAGCAAUGACGCAUUCAAUUGGUACAAAGAGGAGCUCGAGAAGAACAUGAUCGCGCUGGGUCUUGGUGGCUGGAUGGCGGAUUUCGGAGAGUACACAAGGCUUGACAUGUACUCCCAGAGCUUUUACGACGCCGAGUCCCGCCACAACCUCCUCCCCGUGGUCUGGGCGGAGUGCAACAGGGCGGCUCUGGACAGCACGGGGACAACAGGCCAGGUGGUGCCUUUCAUGCGCUCCGGGGGCCUGGGCGCCUCAGGGUCCCAGGUGCUGACGUGGGCAGGGGACCAGAACGUGAACUGGGCGUACGGUGACGGCCUGGCCUCCACUGUGUUCGCUGCACACAACCUGGCCAUGAGCGGGAUGGGUGUGACUCACUUCGACAUCGGCGGCUACACCACGCAGCCGCCCGUGCUGGUGAGGAGCAAAGAGCUGCUCCUCAGGUCCGCCGAGUACGCCGUCUUCACCCCCGUCAUGAGGACACACGAGGGUAACAAACCGGGCAGCAACCACCAGUACUACUCAGACAAGGACACGCUGCAACAGUUCGCUCGCCUCACACAGAUCCACUCCCGCCUGCUGCCCUACUCUCGGUACCUCCUGAAGAACCUGGAGGCCAAGGGUACGCCGGUGCAGCGCCCGCUCUUCUUGCAGUUCGAGGAGGACAUGGACAGCUACGAGGCGGUUUACCAGUAUAUGUACGGCCCUGACCUCCUGGUGGCGCCCGUGCUCGAUAAGGACGUGGACGAGUGGAAAGUGUACCUGCCUGGCGGCGAGGUGAAGUGGAUACACUUAUGGGGGAACGGCACCGCGGUGACCGGCCCGGCGCUAGUGACGGUGCCGGCGCCUCUCGGGUACCCGCCAGUCUUCUACAGGAGAGGAUCCAUCUGGGAGUCGAUCUUCCAGGAGAUCACGAUUGACUUCGGAAACAGCAGGAAGUUCAAGAACCGCUACUAGUGUCUUUAUAAUUCCUACAUGAGCUCUGGCACUCAACGGGGCGAUACGGGCGUGUCACGGAGUGCCUUUCAAGUAACGGCGGCGACCAUGGAGCGCCAUCGUGAUCCAUCAUCAGCCAAUCUUAUCAGAUCCACAUCUUCCAUCCUUCACCAGGCAGCUCCAACACAGAGUCCAUGAAACUGAUACUCUGUCUUGCUCUCGCUCUUUUCCCCCCGACUCUUCCCGGUAGACAGAUAUUCCCAAGCCCAAACUACUCUAUCCAGCUGUCCUCACACCGUCAGCAGCGCCAGGAGGCGUCAACUUCAGCGCUGUCAUCGAAGUAAUACCGGCGUCCUCACCUUCCCUGCGCUAACUUCCCGUAAUGGCGGAGGGAAGAGAACUGGUGCAGAUACAUUCAUUAGUUAAGAAGUUUGUCUUUAUGAAGAAAAAUGAGAAUUCUCGCCACGGUAAGUUGGCGAGGCGUUUAGCGGAGAAGGGCGGAAGCAACACCACAACACCACGCCUGAGCCUCGUCCCUUGAGUCUGCCGCUACAGGGACCCCGACACCUACGCAACCCGGAGUCCAGGAAUUGGAAUAAAGGCUAUCGAGACUCUCCCAGUGACUCUUUCAGAAGCACCAAUACUAAGUUCGGUGCUCGUCCCUCGCGUUGCUUAAGUGUCCUCGCUGCUAAGUAGGUAAUGGCGUCCUGCUAAUUGAAACUCCACACCGCAGACUCUCACUGCAAUUAUCUCUCAUCCUCCUUCCCUCCUCCAUUCCUCUCCCUCCUCUGUUCUUUAUCCCUGGACAUCGCUACCUUCUUCAUCUUUUCUGCGCUGCUUUAUCAACCGACGAAAAAAAAUAAAUAAAUAAGGACAUGUAGUUAGGUAAAGUGGAGGAGGAGCAAAAUAAAAGGAAAUUAAGAUAACGA